CGAGAAGACAGACGUCUGGAGAGAAUUGGGCACACACCCAGGAACACUCUGUAAUCUCCCAGCAGGCACCAUGGCCCAAGUCAAUCAGCCUCUGCUCUACAUCUGUAGAAGCUGUCGACAGAGCUUACAGAGUGGCUCAUUAUUUUCUCGCUCAUUCAGCACAACUCGAGCCCAACAGAAAGUUGUACCCUCGUUUCAGCCUACCGGCCAUGGCGAACUCGAUCAGCUGCUCCUGUCAUUCCGCGAGAAAGUCUUCACUCCGGCUGCCCUGGAGCCCCAGCACCGGAAACUACUAUACAAACCGUCCAAACAAGAGACCCUCAUGGCAGAGCCUGGAGUCACGGUCACGAUGUCCGAUGGCGAGGAGAUCAGGUUGCGCCCAAUGAACGCUUUCGACAAGCCUUCCGUCAAACAAUCGAUCCGGACCAUUGCAAAGGUAUUCGGCCAAGAGAAGGCGGAUGCCGUGUGGAACAAUUUGGCUCCUUGGUUGAACGGCAUAAGGAUGUCCAGAAUGCCGUUGCCAACCUUCUUCUGGGGAAAAAUCACUCGCAAGGCGUGUGAGAUUGGCAAAGAAAGAUACAUUCUCGCAUGCAUCGACAGAUCCGAAGAGACCAAUUUCACUUUGAGGAAACAAGGCGUGACCUAUGAAUUGAUGCUGGGCUUUCACAAGCGCGCUGCGGACCACGAUUUCUCCGGGCCGGAGCUCGCGAGCGCCUGGCAUCGAGCUCAAAAGGUCGUCCGGAUGUUGGAUGACGAACUCUCUGGAGGAUACAAAUUGAAAUCAGAUGAGGUCGACCCGAGAAAAGAUCCUCUGAUCUUGAGCGUCUUGACCGAAUUGGCAGCUGCGACGGCCCUGGAGUCCGGCGGGGAUUCUGCAACGGUCAUAGACUAUGCUACAAAGAUGCUCCACCUUGCACAACAGGAAAAGUCCUCCGUUCCAGGACUAGAGCAGCAUAGAGAGGACGUCAGAGUAAGAGCUGAGAGCAAUUUUGUUCUGGAAAACCUCUUGCCGUUGCAGAACGCCAUACAGUUGGCACUACAGAUUGAUGCGAUCAAGACAUCUGAACUCGGUCGGCAACUGGAGUCGCAUCUUCGCGUGGUGGAGCCGAAAGUCAGGGAGACUGUACAGAAACUGCGUGAAGUCUCCAAUGGACAAAAGAGACGCGGGGAGUUGAUGUAUGAACAACUUGAUGUACAAGAUGGAGGUGAAACCUCAGAGGAAAGCUGAGACCUUGCUAGGUAGAUUGUGACAAUGUUCGACACAGAGGAAAGGUUCAAUGACUCCGUAGGUCGAGUAGUCUAUGUACAAUACCUUUAUAGAACUUGCGUCUAAGACAGAAUCUAGACCACUAGUCGCC